AUGUUCCGUGACUUUGGCGCGAAUAUAAAUAAGCUUGGUGUACGAUUAGAAAGGCAUUUUAAGCACAUGUGUACUGGCUAGAAGAUCAGGUGUUUAGUGCGGCUUGGACUUAAUUACCGUUCUGUGGACUACUGUGCUAUUGUGCCCGAAUUUGAGAGACCACGAAAUGGCCACCAAACUCCUCAUUCUCUCCCUCCUCAUCCACGUCAAAUCCGAAAUCCACCAGGGCGGCAUCCUCUACCCCCGUCCCUCCGAAACCCGACAAGUGGUCUCUUUAGACGGCCUUUGGAACUUUGUGGUACCAAAACCCAACAACCCUCUACAAGGCUUCGACGAGCACUGGUACAAAAAAAAUCUCAAAGAUUUAGACACCGAAGUCUACAUAAUGCCAGUACCAAGUAGCUACAACGACAUAACCACCAACUGGAAAAUUCGGGACCAUGUGGGACUGGUUUGGUACGAUCGCAAAUUUUUCGUACCAAAAUCUUGGUACCAAAUCGGGAGAGUUUGGUUAAGGUUUGGGUCAGUUUCGUAUGCUUCUCAAGUGUGGAUCAAUGGCCAACUGGUGAUGAGCCACGAAAUCGGUCAUUUGCCAUUUCUGGCCGAAGUUACAAACUUUCUCAAAUAUGGGAAAGAAAACUUGAUUACUGUAGCUUGUGACAACACACUUUUAUCGGAUACAGUGCCUCAAGGCAAAGUCGAGGAAAUCGAAAGUGGGAGAUUAGUACAAAGUUACUCUUUCGAUUUUUUCAAUUAUGCGGGAAUUGACCGUCCUGUAACCCUCUACACCACACCAAAGAAUUACAUUGAUGACAUUACAAUUAUUACGGACGUAGACGGCGAUGUUGGUUUUGUAGAUUACAAAAUAAAUUACUUUAGUGAGGUUAAUGUAACGUCCAGAGUGACUCUUAUUGACAAAAAAGGGACAAUCGUGGCCACUAGUGACGACUAUGGUGAGCCUUAUGGCAUUAUGGAAGUCCCAAAAGCCAACCUUUGGUGGCCUUAUCUAAUGGACCCAAACCCGGGUUAUUUGUACACGCUUCAAGUCGAGCUUUUGAGCGAGUAUGGCGACCUGAUCGAUAAGUACUCACAACCGAUUGGUAUUCGGUCAAUUUCGUGGACAAACACAUCGCUUUUGAUCAAUAACCAGCCCGUAUAUUUGCACGGGUUUGGCCGCCAUGAGGACGCGGAUAUAAGAGGCCGAGGUUUGGACUUGCCUUUGAUCAUAAGGGACUACAAUUUGAUCAAGUGGAUUGGUGCAAAUGCGUAUAGGACGUCCCAUUAUCCCUACGCUGAGGAAAUUAUGGACUUGGCCGAUGAAUUGGGGAUUAUGAUCAUUGAUGAGUGUCCUAGUGUCAAUACUGAACUAUUUUUCGAUUCGUUGCUAGUCAAACACAAAAAUUCGAUCACGGAAUUGAUCAAAAGGGACAAAAAUCGGCCGAGUGUGAUCAUGUGGUCGGCCGCGAAUGAGCCAAGGACGCAAUACCUCCUCGCCAAAAACUACUUCAAGGAAGUUAUCGAUCAUAUCAAAAGUAUGGACGUCACGAGGCCUACUACGAUCGUGGAAGCUCAACCAGUCAACAGCGUUUAUUCGUCAGAAUUCGUCGAUAUUGUUAGUUUUAAUCGCUACAACGGUUGGUAUUCAAACGGCGGUAAUUUGGACGUGAUUCCCUUCAAUGUUGUCUCUGAAGCCACCGCUUGGCACGAGAAAUUCAACAAACCCGUAAUAAUGCAAGAAUACGGCGGAGAUACCCUCGAAGGCCUCCACAUUAGUCCGAGUUUUAUUUGGUCGGAGGAGUACCAAGUCGAGUUGAUGUCGCGCCAUUUCCAGGCGUUUGACGAGUUGAGAGAAAAAGGGUUUUUUGUUGGCGAGUUUAUCUGGAAUUUUGCCGAUUUUAAAACUGCUCAAACAUACACGCGAGUUGGUGGUAACAAGAAAGGGAUUUUCACGCGGAAUCGCCAACCCAAAUCCAGUGCCCAUCAUUUGAGGAAAAGGUACUGGGCCUUGGCUUGUCAGCUCUACAAUGCCACUUUACCCAAUGAUCUCUAUAACUACGUAGCUAGACCUACUAUACAUGAUGAAUUGUGAUGUGUUCUAAUAAAAAUAUUAAAAAAGUG